AUGUCCGAGCUGGUCGGCCACCCAGGGUGAUCCCCACAGGGCUGCAUGGUGUAGGGCUGUCCCAGGGGGCUGGCCCAAGUCGGUGUUGCUCAGUCAGUGUGUCUCUAGUCUCUAUCUAGCCCUCUACACUUGUACAUGUGUGAAAUAGGACAAAUAUAAGCAAAAUUAUUAUUAUUACUACAUUAGCUCCUGCCCUGAGGUUGCUGUGUGUGUGUCUAUGGCCAUAUCAGGACAGUAGGGUGAUCUGCUGUGGCUGGCAGACUGAGGUUAAGCAGUGUAGAGUAGGUGAGCAGAUUACAUUGCUAAUUAUCUACAUCUCUCCAGGCUUCUUCCUCUUCUCUAUCUCUCGCUCUCUCUCGCUCUUUCUUUCUCUCUCUCUUUAUCUCUCUCUCUCUCUCUCUCUCUCUUUCUCUCUAUACAACCUGUCAGUAUGGGCCAGCAGUGGAACCUAAUCCCGUGUCUACAAAAUAACGCUUCAUUAUUCCCAGAUUAACAAAGUGCCCGUUGUCUCCCGCUCGGUGUAGUCUGGCGGGUGGUGCAGGCACCAAAUGAUGGGGUCCAGCAGUGGGCGUGGCACGCGGUCAAAUGAGCUGCCCAGAGUAGGUGGAGGAAUGCUGCCUGUUAGGAUGGAUUGGCACUCGUGGGUCUACCAACACUGCCUACAUACUGCACGGUAACACGAGACAGACUAGCAUGCACUUUACUAAAUUGCUCCUCAAAAUCAUUGAGGCUGUCGUCGAGGGGCAUAGCAACAGAGAUUCCAGGAGACAGGAUGAUAUCAGGUGUCAUGCUAAUCAAGGUGAUUUUAGGUGGGAGGGAGCUAAAGACAGAUCACUGAGAUUUCUCAUUGUAUGAGCUGCUGUAAGGACAUUACUCAAACGUGCCUUUGCCAUUUGUUUAAAGAGGGCUUAAGACAUGCCUGAUUAGCUGUGUUACAAAGCGAUUGCAUGCUCAUUACAUGAGCAGUUGACUGAGUCGAUUGUGAGAAGUAGGUGGGAUGUUAAGAGCGUCUGCUAAAUGACUUAAAUGUUCAUGACUUCAGAUCUGACUGUCUGGCUGAGUGCGUGGUGAUUCUAAUUGGAAUGGAUUCCUAGACUAAAAUAAUAAAACUUGUGCACAAAUGUGUUUACAUUCCUGUUAGUGAGCAUUUCUCCUUUGCCAAGAUAUGCCCCACCUGUCAGGUGGAUGGAUUAUCAAGAAGCUGAUUAAACAGCAUGAUAAUUAAACAGGUUCACCUUGUGCUGGGGACAAUAAAAGGCCACUUUAAAAUGUGCAGUUUUGUCACACAACACAAUGCCACAGAUGUCUCAAGUUUUAAGGGGGCGUGCAAUUGGUAUGCUGACUGCAGGAAUGUCCACCAGAGCUGUUGCCAGAGGAUUGAAUGUUCAUUUCUCUACAAUAAGCUGCCUCCAACGUCAUUUUAGAGAAUUUGGCAGUAUGUCCAACCGGCUUCACAACCACAGACCACGUGUAACCACGCCAGCCCAGGACCUUCACAUCCGGCUUCUUCACCUGCGGGAUCGUCUGAGGGGGGUGGUGAGGAGUAUUUCUGUCUGUAAUAAAACCCUUUUGUGGGGAAAAACUCAUUCUGAUUGGCUGGGCCUGGCUCCCCAGUGGGUGGGCCUGGCUGCCAAGUGGGUGGGCCUAUGCUCUCCCAGGCCCUCCCAUGGCUGCACCCCUGCUCAGUCAUGUGAAAUCCAUAGAUUAGGACCUAAUUUAUUUAUUUAAAUUGACUGAUUUCCUUAUGAACUGUAAUCUUUGAAAUUGUUGCAUGUUGCGUUUAAUUUUUUUCUUCAGUAUAAUAUAAUAAUAGCUUAACUGCUAUAAAAUGAAAUGCAUAUUCUAUAUAAGAUGGAAAAUGGUCUGCAUACAUUUGUUAUGUUGACAUUUAUAGCUAAAUGUUCCUUUAGAUCCGUCUCUGUCCUAUGGGUUUGUGUAGAGAAUGGAAGCAGUUGACAGCUGUUAUUCUCCCUAAUAAGAUUAAAGAACUGAGGGAUGUGCCCUUUAAUCUGCUGGUUAAGAGUGGCUGCCACCUGGGGACUGGCCUGUCCCCCCCCCCCGAACCUCCUACAUGGAUGAUGACAUUCUGGGUAGGGCAGCCUCCACUUACGCAUGGAGUAAAACCAGGGUGCUAUGGUUGACAGGUUAUUAUAGAAACGUUGUGAAGAUGGUGUUUGCCUAAUCCAUUUCAGGCUUUGUUUUUGUAGCCUAAGUUAUUUAAUAAAUAUUGACCUUCCCUUUUUUGUCAGGUUAUCAUUCAUCUUCCCAUUUAGUAGUCUUUGUUUUAGGACUGAUCUCAUGCUCUCUCUCUCUCCUUAUAAUUUCUAUGUCUUAUAGAUUUCCUAGGCCUUUUCAUGUAGGACGAUGUCAGUGUUGUAACAGGAUCAGCCCAAGCCUGUCAUUGUACCUUCCUUAGGUUCUGACACCCUGUCUUGUUUAUUUCAAUAAGGCCUUUCUCCCUACUGAGUCAGGCAUGGGAAUGACAAUAGCCUGGUUUCACCUCUGUACAUACAGUAUGAACACAUUAAAGCAGCACAGCCUCAGACUGAGAGGAAAACGACUAUUUCAUUCCAUUGGUGCAGUCUUUCCAAUGGUGGAAUUCUGUCACUGAAAAACGGACUUCUGGCUGAAUUACUCAAUUAUGGAUCUUUAAUGUUUUUCAUUUGAGGCAGCGCCAGUGCUGGUCGGCUGCCCAGAGAGCACAGUUUGGUGGGGUUCUCACGUUACUUCACUCUAGCCCAAUAGAGGAUGUGUUAUCAUGGUUGAGUGGAAUGAUGGCUGCCUUCUCCCACCAACUCCAUUCCAAGACUAUUAAUGGACUUUAUAUCAAUACAAUAGAAUUCAUGUGGCAUUUGUGUUUUUGUUCAUGGCUGGUAAACACAUCUUAUUAAGGAGGUGUUUGGCAGAAACAGGGAUCAACACACCAAUUCAUGUUUGCGUUUUCUCUGGAAUUUGUAGCUAAAAUGGUGGCAGAAAAAAAAACAUUUUAUUUGGCUAGAAAGCCCAUACACAUACGGUAUAUGAUUUUCAUACAGUAAGAUGUUUAAAAGUUUUUUAAGCAAGCAAGCCACAGAGUGCUUAACCAGACAUUGACGUGACUAUUUGGAAACACUCCCAUAACUCACAGCUUUACACUACAAUGUCAAUAAUGAGAUGGAACAAAUUACAGAUCUGCCAACUAGCAUAUGAAACAAGCAGAGUAUUUUGGUCAUGAGGAAGUUGACAGACCUAUCCACCUAGGCCUACAUCAGUCUCUGCUAUUUUAUAUCUAUGUGCCAACUAGGUUGGCGUGGAAAUGCGUUGCAGAUGUGAAGGUUGCGGUAGAUAUCAAGAUGUUUACCAGUUGAAAUAAACAUGGCCUACUUUAGAAAAGGAAAGCCAGAUUCCAUUCUUCCUCAGAGCAGAUAGGACACGCCACUCUGCUAUUGGCUAAAAUAUACAGAUGUCAGAAAAUAUUAAGUGAUGAAAGAAGGGCGAGGGGGAGCAGCAGUCACAGCAGAAUGAUUAAUCAGUUAUCUGUGGCAUGAAUCUUCUCUAGGGCUUGUUUAAAGCAGACAUAAUACAGAGGCAUGCUCCACUCACUGCUCUGCUCCUGGCCGUAGCAUGCCUUUAGGCUCUGAGCUGAGGAGCUGCUGAGAGGAAUGGCCUUAUCUCCACAGAGGAAAACCUGCAGGUUCAGACUCCAGAUUGGACUGCCUGUGAUUGCACCCAGCUCCACUGGUUAUGCAGAUCUCUUGUCUUAUUACUGUCCCUAGCUCUGUAUAACCAGUUGACUAGUAGUGAGGGUGUCUAGCUAUAAGUAUACUGAACAAAAAUAUAAACGUUUUGGUCCCAUGUUUCAUGAGCUGAAAUAAAAGUUCCCAAAAAUGUUCCAUAUACACAAAAAGCUUAUUUCUGUGUGUGUACAAAUUUGUUUACAUCCCUGUUAGUGAGCAUUUCUCCUUUGCCAAGAUAAUCCAUCCACCUGACAGGUGUGGCAUAUCAAGAAGCUGAAUAAACAGCAUGAUCACUGCCUUGUGCUGGGGACAAUAAAAGGCCACUCUAAAAUUUGCAGUUUUGUCACAACAAUGCCACAGAUGUAUUUUUUGAGGGAGCGUGCAAUUGGCAUACUGACUGCAGGAAUGUCCACCAGAGCUGUUGCCAGAGAAUUGAAUGUACAUUUCACUACCAUUAGCUGCCUCCAACGUCGUUUUAGAGAAUUUGGCAGUACGUCCAAUCGGUCUCACAACCACAGACCAUGUGUAACCACGCCAGCCCAGGACCUCCACAUCAGUCUUCUUCACCUGCGGGAUCGUCUGAGACCAGCCACCCGGACAGCUGAUGAAACUGUGGUUUUGCACAACCAAAGAAUUUCUGCACAAACUGUCAGAAACCAUCUCAGGGAAACUCAUCUGCGUGCUCGUCAUCCUCACCAGGGUUUUGACCUGACUACCCUUCGGCAUCGUAAACGACUUCAGUGGGCAAAUGCUCACCUUCGAUGGCCACUGGCACGCUGGAGAAGUGUGCGCUUCAUGGAUUAAUCUCAGUUUCAUCUGUAUCGGGCAGAUGGCAGACAGAGUGUAUGGUGUCGUGUGGGCGAGUGGUUUACUGAUGUCAACGUUGUGAACAGAGUGACCCAUGGUGGGGUUAUGGUAUGGGCAGGCAUAAGCUACGGACAACGAACCCAAUUGCAUUUUAUUGAUGGCAAUUUGAAUGCACAGAGAUACUGUGACGAGAUCCUCAUGUUUCAGCAUGAUAAUGCACAGCCCCAUGUCAUAAGGAUCUGAACACAAUUCCUGGAAGCUGAAAAUGUCCCAGUUCUUCCAUGGCCUGCAUACUCAUCAGACAUGUCACCCAUUGAGCAUGUUUGGGAUGCUCUGGAUCGACAGCGUGAUCCAGUUCCAGCCAAUAUCCAGCAACUUCGCACAGGCAACAAUCAACAGCCUGAUCAACUCUGUGAAGGAGAUGUGUUGCGCUGCAUGAGGCAAAUGGUGACCAGAUACUGACUGGUUUUCUGAUCCACUCCCCUACCUUUUCUUUUUAAGGUAUCUGUGACCAACAGAUGCAUAUCUGUAUUCCCAGCCAUGUGAAAUCCAUAGAUUAGGGCCUAAUGAAUUUAUUUCAAUUGACUGAUUUCCUUAUAUGAACUGUAACUCAUUAAAAUAUUUUUUUUGUUGGUGUUGUUUUAUAUUUUUGUUCAGUGUAGUUGAUAUAACUAGGUUUCUGAAUUCUGCUUUCCUACUCUUACUGUCAGUGAUGUAUAUGCUAUCAACCCUUCCAAAGUUAAAAUUGUACCCUUAAGGAACCACAAAUCUGGUGGAGUGCGUUUUGGUUUCCUGAUUACUUCAGAUAGCCAUGUCAGUGCCUGGGGCUAAACACCUACACUGUAACACUAGUGUUGAAUUCUGCCUUGAACUAUUUAGUUUGACUUCUGACAAGUGAUUAAUCUGGUUCUCCCUCUGUCUUUCUCUCUCCUCUCAGGUCCCUAUGUGCUGCUGUAAACAUAUACUAUCUGGCAUGCUCUCGCUGCCACUUCAACUGCUCCUAUGUUCUCUUCAGCAACAAGGUAGCCUUCCUCAUGGACCUGUUGCUGCAUCAGCUCACAGUAAGUGUCCUUUCACCACACCAUAGAAAACAUCUCCAAAAACUAUCAUUAUUGCUAUGAUGACAUUACAUUAAAUGUAUGUUCACUCAAACAACACAUGUAUUAUUUAAAGCUGUUAUUUGUAUGAAAGCGUGAGUCCUUGAACGUUAUGUAAUACUUAUGAAGGUGACAUGGCAUGAUCAGAACUGUAGCUAGUUUUCCCAAGGACCAGGCUGUUUAAUGAAUCUCUCCCAAUGUCUCUGUCUAUGUAAAUUAUCCUGACUACAUGCAACACUGUGAGUGCUGAAAAACCAGGGCCUCAUCGCCAGCAUUUGUUCCUUCCUGGCACAGUGUUAAUAAAAGACAGAGAGAGACACACGCUACAGUACAAAUCCUGGCCCAGCCACCGCCUGAGCCACUGCCUCAGCCACACAGAUACUUCUGGGCUUAGGGAAUGAGAGGGAGCGGGCAGGCAGGCAGUAUGGCUGCUGGGUUAUAUGUCAGCCCAUAUCCUUCAGCACUCUCUGAGACUGUAAACAUCAGCCGACUCCAAACAUCUAACGGUGGUGACUGCACAGACAGGACAAGGCACAGACAGGACAAGGCACAGACAUGGGCAUUGCUACAUGCAUGAACUCUACUGGGGCUUCCUUCUCCAGCCCUGAGUUCCAAUUCAAAGCAGUCAUGUUCCCUGAGGGCACAGAGUGGGAGGUUAGCCUGUAUGCUUCAGAUUAUAUAAAACAUAUAUCCCCACAGCUGCUUUGACGACUGACAUGUUGAACAGGACAAUGUUAACUUAUUUAGACGUCUUGGACACUGACGAAGAUGGGGCUCAUGAAUAGUCCGUGUAAGAACGUUUGUGCACGUGUAGUCCCCUGUAGCUCAGUUGGUAGAGCAUGGCGCUUGCAACGCCAGGGUUGUGGGUUUGUUUCCCACGGGGGGCCAGUAUGAAAAUGUAUACACUCACUAACUGUAAGUCGCUCUGGAUAAGAGCGUCUGCUAAAUGACUAAAAUGUAAAAAUGUAAAAUGUGUGUUUGUGUUUGGAAGUGGGUGGGGGUAGGGAGUGCCGGCGUCUGUGCUUGUCCCUCUUAAAUUAGAUUUGUGGAGAAUGUUGGUGGAUUUACUAACGCUGUCAGCAUGCUGCCCUAACCAUUAAUCUAAAUGAGAUGGUUCAGACAUUUUACCUGACCUUCUCCUUAUUUCUAAAACUAAACCUUAACCUCUAUACACACACACACACACACACACACACACGCGCGCAAAAAUGUCACUUAACUAAAAGGGGAAAUGCACUCUGCUCCUGUCACCAGAACACCAUGCCCUGGGUCUUUAUAUACCCUGAGUCUCUCUUAAUAUAUCUUUGUUCAUAAACAUUUAUUGGAGUAUUUCUUGUAAUAAAGAGUUUAGGAUAACUAACAUGAAAAUAUUUUUUUAAAUUAAAGCCCACAAAAUCAUGUCAGAACUUGCAGCAUACUGAUUCCUCUAUCAGCCCGUCUAUGUAUAUGAGGCAUGGGUAAGGGGAGCAUUUGGUUUAAUAUCACAGAUGGUGAACACAGAAUACCCCCCUGUGUUAGCUCUAGUGGUUUUCUCCACAGUCUCAGUAUCCGGUUGUCUUCCCUUGUUACCAGGGAGGGAGUACCUCUGAGACCUCUCAUAUGGCAGCAGCAGCAGUCUGGCACGGCAACAGUAACAAUGUCACACUGACUGUUAAUCACUGACUUAUUGCCCUCACGUAACGAAUUAUACAAUAACACUUGUGUUGUUGUUUAUCCCAUGCCAUAUCAGGAUCCCAACCAAUACAAAUGGCCUUGGCCGGUAAACAAAUGAUGGGGAUAUUUCCUCUGUCUUAAUUGUCUGUGUUGUAGAAGUCAGGCUGAGGUUGCAAUGAUCUGGUCUUUUGUUGAACUCUGCUGUUGGUGGAUACUGUGACUGCCUGGGACAUUUGUCAGUUUUGCACUGUGUUCGAUCAAUGUCCAGAUUCCUUUUUUGAUAGUGGACUUGGCAAGCUGACAUGGACUAGUCAAGGCUGUAUGUGAUACAAGCUAGCUGGAGAUACCAGGUGUAGAGCUACUGGAACAGACUGUACUUUGACAUGGUGGAGGUUUACAGAACUCUUGACUGACCACACUGUCGUUUUCUCAGCUAUUCGUCCCAGAUGAAGACAAGUCCAUCUUUGGUCGCAGUGUAAACAAGCAGGUGUUUGAGGGGCUGACCACCAGCCUGCUGCAGACCAGCGCUACCAUCCUGAGUCUCAUCCUUCCCUAUGUCCCUGAGUGUGGCCGCGGAGACGCCCCUCGCAUCCUAUCACCAGACACCAAGACCAAGACCUCCCCCAUUGAGCCCUUAAACACCCGCGCCCAGGACCUCAUCAGGUAAGUUUUUCCUCCUCUCUCUCAAACCACACAUUGCGCUACUACGGCCCUUCUCCCUCUCACAACACCUCUCUCCCACCUCCACUAUCUCCUUUAGGGUUGAUGUGGGGAACCACUGAAAUUAAAACAACUUAGUUACUAUCAGAAAUAGCCUUUCGUUGAAAAGAUUACUACAAAAGGUCAGCUCCCUUAGAAAAGGUCAGAUUAUUUUCUUGCCAGGGUGAGAGAGGUUGUCCUCUGGCAUCUGUCCAAAUAGUCAUUUUUCACACGUUCUGGAUCAAACUCCUCAGCAAAGUAAUAAGUCUUUUUUUUUUUUACUUGGGGCAACGUAAUCAAAGAACACUCUUGGAAGUUUGCAACAUCCCCUUGAACGUGGCCUUUGAGUAGCAGGGGCUGUGUCUGUCUCGGGCACUGUGGGGCGGUGAGGAAAGGCAGGCCCAGGCCUUCAGGAAGAGUGGAGUCUUCCCAUCAUCCCUCCCCCAGCCAAUGAUUCAUCUGACCAGAGCAGCUGCACAGGCCCAACACUCAUACAAUGACCCAGUCGUAACCCUGGAGACAGGGGAGAGCCUGAGAAAAAUGGUGUCGUCAGACUAGUAAUCCCUGCAAGCAAUGAAAGAUUUGCCUCAACUGCCUCAAAUUAUGUAUAUGAUGGUAGGGAGGAAAUGAGAUCAAAAAGAUGGUAACUUCAGCAACACUUUUUCCCAUUAUGGUGAACUGUAGAUCACACUGAAAGAGAACAUCAGCAUUCCCCUUCUAAGUCUUCAUUUCUCAUUAUCAAUCACUCACAAGGCUUUGUACCAUACUUAUCUCCUACCAGUGUCAGAAACAUACAGAUGCGUGUAGGUCAUAAGUUGAAACACACAGGGGCAAGACUGAACACUAAACAGCUUUUCAAACAGACUGUGGGCCAGGCAUUGUGCACAACUGUGUGUGGAAAGCUCCUUUCAGCUCUAGUGAAGCUGUGGAAGAGGAUAAAGUCAUUACCAGGGGCCGUGGUUCAAGUGUCAGAUGACCUAUUGUGGAGGUUAAAAAAAUGGUAAUUACCUGCCUUGAGAGGAGCCCAUUUUGACUGACAGUCCCAACAAAAAAAGGUAUGCGAACGAGGGAGCGAGUUGAGGGAAUAAGCUAAGCAGAGCCAGAGAGGGUUUGGAAUGAACUCAUGUAGUGUAGAACAGUGGCAGGCUUCCUGAUUCCUGACUGAACUAUCUGGUACAUCUGGGAGGUCUUGUGAUUGACAGCUGAGCCUCCCUGUCUGUCCCUAUAGUGGGUAGGGCUGAGCGGGGGCUGAGCGGGGUGGGAAAGGCAUACCUGAGCUGUGAGGCAGCCUCAGGUCAGCAGACAGUCAGGGGCCUAGCUCUGGGCUGGCACAGGGGCACAACCGCCCUCUAAUUACUUAUUGGAGUAAGAAAAGGUACGGAAAUGUAUGCACUCACUCCUGUAAGUUGCUCUGGAUCAGAGUGUCUGUUAAAUUACUCAAAUGUAAAUGUAAUGAUGCUAUUACCAGUGAUUAGUUGCUGAGAUAGUGGAGGGAACAUGAUCAUGAGACCUGUCAUUGGCAAGACAAAUUGGUGAUAUCACACGAAUAACAGGGAGUAUAGAGGACUUGGGUGAGAGAUCACAUUUCAACUGGGCUGCCAGUGAGUUGCGCUCAGUGAGGGCCUUUGUUAGGAUAAAACAUAUGUCACAGAGACACUUUUUGAAUGACAUCCAAAUAUUCUGUCAAGGUUUUGUCAUUUGUUGUUUUCUUCCUGUGAAUUUACUCUUAUCCUCCUUUGUGUUUGUCCCCCCCUCAGCUACGUGGUGAACAUGGGUCUGAUUGACAAGCUGUACGGCUGCUUCCUGUCUGUCCAGGGCCCAGUGGACGAGAGCCCUAAGAUGUCCGCCUUCCUCCAUCAGGCUACCGCUCUGCUGCACGCCAUGUGUAAGCUGUGCUUCGCUGUGACUGGCCGGUGAGUGGCAGCAGUCUCCCUUCCUCUAUGACCCUCCUCUCCAGACAUCCCUGUGAUCACACACAUGGCUGUCCACAAAUCUAACGGCAGGAGUGACUCACUAUUGAAUCUUUUAUGUCCUCCAUCCCAUAAAGACUGGUUGUUGGAGCCCAAUCAAAGACACGGCUUCCUUGUCAAUCGCACUCAGUGGUUUCCUUUAGUCUGAGCGUUGGCAAGGCCAUCGUUACUGUUGAUGGAGAUAGGCAUCUUCUUGACUCCAGUGCUCUGUCACUCAUCAUAAACCCUUGCCUCCAGCACACUGGGGGAAACCCACCCACUUGUGUCACUGUGACCACCCCCAAGAGUGUCUCAGUGGCGCCGCUGACAGAGGCUAAGCACACAGACUGAGACGCAAUACUGACAAAGAUAGCAUGACCCUUAGUACAGGUAUGCUGCCCUCCUAGUCAAAUAUCAUCAAUGCGUGUCAUAUGGGCACAUCAGAUCCCUUUUAGUUUCUGUAGUGUCACAGUUUGAAUUAGGACAGAUGUAUUUUAGCUCAAAUAUUUCAGAUCUGUUGUCAAAACCUGGCCUUAUAAGUCAGUAUCACUAGGACUGAUUUACUUACUAUACUGUAGGUGUUCUGCUAGUGUACCUCUCCUCUCCAGCUGCUGGGUGCUGUAACAAUGCCCAGCUGCUUCACACCAACACGGGGAGCACUGCUGAGACUGUCACUUAAUAUCUGUGAGAAAACACGGCACCAUAACCUCGCCACUUUAAUGAGCGGACCGAGCGAUGUUGUGUAAUAAUCAACACCCUGCUAAUCCAGCCAACUAUCUCCAUUCUUACCCGUGUGUUCAGGAGAUUAUACUGGAGAGAAUGCAUACCAUGGUCCUGUAAUAUAUUUGGUCAUGCCAGUUGCUGUGUCGAGGGAUUUAACUGGCAUUAGAGACCAUGUACUUGCCGAGCUACGAAUUUCCACACAGAGCUGUUGGCCAACAUCAAGUAACAGCAUGCACAGUGGGUUCCAUCCAGAGGUCAAAUGGCCUCUUCUCUGCCUGCAAAUCACAGCCUGUGCAGCAGGGGUAUUCUUAAAUUGCCUGUCAGCACUAGCUUAUGGAACUGGGUGGGUUCACAUGCAUCCUAAUUGUAAAACAAUGGGAGCGAUUUGAGAUGAGUUUUCUCUGAUGCCAUUGACUUGUGUGCUGUUUAUCUAGUUUGAGAGAGUACAUUUUGUACUUAGUCUGUUUCUAGAAGUUUGCAUUGACUGGCCUCCAGUCUUAUGAAGAGGGCAGCUGAGGCACUCAGAGCAACCUCUCCUUCCAUCCAAUCAGUAUUAUACUCCGGUUCUGUUCUCACCUGUGAUGUGUGCUGAGAGGAUGAUGUUACCAAUCCCUUUAAUCUGCAGGGUGGCGUCCUGGCUAAGACACAUGAACACGCUGCUUUCAAUCCUGUAAGGUGGACCUUAAUUAAAUGUGCCUGAAUACACAGCACGUUGCCAGGAAGCUCUCUGCAGCCAAGAGCACGGAGUAGCCGCUGUCAUAGCUACUUCCAAAUUCCUGUGUUCACUCUGCCCAGCUUGGAGGAGCAAACUCCGAUUCUGAACUGGUGUAAAAAAAAAACAAGUCACAUUUCUGUCAUUGUUGUACCAUUUAAUGAAUAUAUCUGGCUAUGGUUGUAGUGGUAAUGACCAAGCUUUUUAACCCUGAUUUAUAUUUGAUUCAAUAAUCUUCACUGCACAGCUGAGCAUAGACACCUUCUCACACACAGCCACCAGACUUCCAACUCCAACUUCUCUCUCUGUGUAACCAGUUAAGCCACUUGACCCGAUAGGCAUGCAAUGUAAAGAGGACAGGCCCUAUUAUUUAUAUCUGAGGGGACAGCCCUGGUCUAGCGAGUAAAUCUAGAAGCCACAGGGACCAGACUGCCUUCACUCUUACAUCCUGGGUCUCUGGUCACUGCGGUGAGGAGAGCAGCCAACACCUUCUCAGGUUUACUGACUUUCAGCUGGUUGUCAAACUCUCAGCUCGGCUAGCUCGCUGCAGUUGCUGGCUGCAAGCUGAAGAGUUAUGUUGUGAAUUCAACUUCUGCUUGAUAUAGAAUGAAGUGAAAAGUCAGGAUAUUUUUAACUAAACAUUUUAGUGGAAAGGAGAGCUAUGUCUUAGUAAGCAAUAAUGAGUUUGGAGAUCUUAUAAUGUGGAGUACUCUGAUCUCAUUCAUUUCCCUGUAUAACACUUCGCUGUCACUAUGUUAAUUGAGCAGAAAUGAAAUAAUAAUGUCACAUGUUUCUUUACAUUGCCUGUAUCCUCUGCAGCUCUCCCAGUAUAUUCGACAACAAGCGUGCAGACCCCACGGGGCUGACGGCCCUGCUGCAGUCCACAGACCUGGUGGGUGUGGUGCACACUCUGUACUGCAUCCUGCUCCACAGCUCCUCCCUGCCUGAGCCGGCUGCCCAGAGCCCACAGGAGCCCUACGCCCCAGGGGUCAUCCAGGUGGCCCUAACGGGCCUCCGCUUCCUCAACAGCUUCGCCCUGCUCGACCUGUCUGCCUUCCAGGUACCACACACACACACACACACACACUCUUCUUCAUUUUGAGGUACAAUACACACACACACACACACAGACACACACACAUUCUUACACUUGAAUCCCUCAUCCUUCAGGUCCAGUAG